UGACCUCGACGGGUUCACUUCCGGGGCUCGCGCGGCCCCUCUAUUCAGCCAAGGCUCCGGGCUCCGGCAUCUGCUCGGCGGCAGCCUCCUUCAGACCUGCCUGGCGGGACCCAGGGGACCAAGCCGAGCCGCGGGGCCCGCUCCGGCCCGGCCAUGAGCGCGGCCGCAUGAUGCGUCCCUGCCUCGGCCGCUGCAGUCGCCGCCGCCGCCGCCGCAGGCCGGGAGGAGCCGCUGCGCCGGGCGACCCCGCCCGGGCCUCGGAUCCGAUCACAUAGGACAGUAUGCACCUUAAGAUCCUGAAGAAAAGGCACAAAAUGUUCAAGUGAUGUUCAGAAAUAAUUUGUGAGGGUGCGUCAGGGAAAUCAUGCAGCCAUCAGGACACAGGCUCCGGGACGUCGAGCAUCAUCCUCUCCUGGCUGAAAAUGACAACUAUGACUCUUCAUCAUCCUCCUCCUCCGAGGCUGAUGUGGCUGACCGGGUCUGGUUCAUCCGUGAUGGCUGUGGCAUGAUCUGUGCUGUCAUGACGUGGCUUCUGGUCGCCUAUGCAGACUUCGUGGUGACUUUCGUCAUGCUGCUGCCUUCCAAAGACUUCUGGUACUCUGUGGUCAAUGGGGUCAUCUUUAACUGCUUGGCCGUGCUUGCCCUGUCAUCCCACCUGAGAACCAUGCUCACCGACCCUGAAAAAUCCAGUGACUUCUGACCAUCUGCCCACACAGUGAAAACUGGGCUGGACCCAACCCUUGUGGGCAGUUGUGGUGAGGGAACCGAGUCUGUGCAAAGCCUCCUGCUUGUGAGUGUGGGGUGGGAUACGGGGGAGGCUACAAAAGAAUACAUGGAGAGCUUGCAGUUGAAGCCCGGGGAAGUGAUCUACAAGUGCCCGAAGUGCUGCUGUAUUAAACCCGAGCGCGCCCACCACUGCAGGUGCUACGAUGAUCGGAGCUCUACUGGGGGAGAGAUGUACAUAGCUCUGUCUUCAGUUCAUGCUCUGAUCCUUUGUGGAUUUCAGUUUAUCUCCUGUGUCCGAGGGCAGUGGACUGAAUGCAGUGAUUUUUCACCUCCGAUAACUGUAAUCCUGUUGAUCUUCCUGUGCCUUGAGGGUCUUCUGUUUUUCACUUUCACUGCAGUUAUGUUUGGCACCCAAAUCCACUCCAUAUGCAACGACGAGACGGAGAUUGAGCGAUUGAAAAGUGAGAAGCCCACAUGGGAGCGGAGGCUGCGAUGGGAAGGGAUGAAGUCCGUCUUUGGGGGCCCCCCCUCACUCCUCUGGAUGAAUCCCUUUGUCGGCUUCCGAUUUAGGCGACUGCCCACGAGACCCAGAAAAGGUGGCCCGGAGUUCUCAGUGUGAGGCCCGGCUCAUCAGCCUGGAACUGGCUCACAGACAUCCACUUACUUGUUUGGGGUCUGAAGGGUAUCAACAGCUCAUCUGUGACCAACAGGGCAACUGGAACCUACACAAACCAAUUGCUUGCAGCAAGCAGAGUUUUAUAUAUUUAUAGUCACAGAUGGCAGAGGAAGAGGCUCUCAGUCCCCACCUGUACAACGACGGAAAGGUGUGUGGCCAUGCAAAGAAGCCAACCACCAUGGCCUCCUGCAGAGUUGGGACUUCUGUGGAGAAGACUGGGUUAUUACAUGGGUUAUUCAAAUCCUGUGUACUGAGCUGCUGUUUCCAAUCAUGAAAAACAGUCAAUCCAGUGAACAGGGAUUCUCCAAGCAGUCAUUUCAGGGGGCUCCUGCUGACCCCGCCACUCAGCAGUGCACUCCCCGGAUCACAGCAGGGCGUUUACAUAGAAAGACGUUUUGGUCUCGAUUAGCUCCGAUGCUUUGCACUGAAGUUGCAAAAGAUCUGUGCACUGAACAGUGAAGGUGGCUUCCGGCACACUCCCCGCUGCCCCGGAAGAGACAUCCUUUGACUCUCAGCAAGUCUGUGUGUGCGUGUGUCUGUGCGUGUGUGCGCGUGUGUGCAUGUGUGUCCAAAUUGCUAGUGUUGUUCAGGCAGUGUAACAUUUACCGGCUGUGUACAGCAAACAAGCUAUUUUUUAGAAACCGACGUUUCAGGGAAGAGGGGAGAGAACCACGGGGUCCUGCCCGUGGUUACUAUGAAUGUAUUGCUGUUGGAGGACAUCUUGAUCCAAAGAACAGCCGUUCCUGUGCGGCCCUUUGUUGCCCUCCUGCUUUCAUUUUUUAAAGAAAUCUUGAGUGCUUGAGGGCCUUGGAACCGAUUUUUUUUUUUGUUCCAGCCAAAUUAGCAGUGUAUAGAUGGCACCUAGGUAAGAGCAGAGCCGUGGCUCAGUGACUUGAUACUUUGGGCAGCUGGAUCCUGUUAGUGGUGUGUGGGGCAGGGGAGGCAUCCCAACUGGAGAGGCAGGGCCCAGCUCUUGGGUACCUCUGGGAAGGUGAGGGGACCAUGAGGCAGCCAGCCCCUGGCAGGGGCGAUUGUGCCACCACACAGGCAGCGCUCCAGCUGGGAAUGGUCGGAUUGGCGCCCUCGUUGGAUUUUUUGGUUAGCGUUUGUUUAGGUGAUAAAAUGGGAUCCUUGGUGCGGAGCUUAAAAUGACGCCAGAAAGCCAACAGCUCCCCUCCGUGGGGACUUGCCUUAAACUUGCCUGGUUUGUACAUUUUUUGCCGGACGCAUCAAGAAGCAAUCUGUGACCAAGUCUGAGGGUCUUCCUUUAAACGUGCCCUCCAUGCUAAGAGAAGCUGGCGUCUCCCUCCCGGAACGGUUUUGCCUUUCUGUUCAUCUGUGAACUGUUUUGUUUUUAAUUACUCUGUACCCCAUCCGAAUCAGGGCUUCUACUGCUGCUGAUGCAAAACCACAAAGGGACCUACCUGAGCCACCGUCCUAGCCAAGCGAGCAAACCUGCAGGGGGUUUGGAAGUGGACUCGGUCACCACAGAAGUGUGUGCGUCACUGGGGGAAGAACUGCGUCACAGCCACCGGGACAAAGCAUAGAUUGUGGGUGAUCCUGGAGACACGAGUUUCCAGGAUUGUUUUGCAUACUCAUUUGCACAUUGUUGUCUGGGUUGGACACGCGUGUGGGCUUCAGUGUGAGGCUUUUAAUAUGUAUAUCCUGUUAUAUCAAUAAAACAAUUAUCCAAGUGGUUGAAUCCUGUGAGACUUGGCAAGUGUGUGCAAAUCAAGUAUACUUGACUUUUCAACCUCUUCUUUCAAUGUAACUUUUAUAUGAAAUAAAGUAAUCAAUUGACAGUUCUCAAA